GACUGUGUGCUGGUCCGGGAGUCUCAGCGGGCUUGAGCUGGCCGGUCCGCCGCGCGGGACUGUUGGCUGCGCUCGCGAGGGGAGAGCGACGGGAUCGGGCUUGCUUUGUGGCCGGCUUUCCCCCUGCCAGCCCCGCGUGGCUCUGGACGGAGAGCAGAGGUGGGGUGGUGCUCCCGCUAGCUCCCCGCCACCCUCCCCCAGCCUGGGGAAAGAAUGUGCCACCAGCUGUUCUCCGCCCGGGAGCGCUUCGCCCGUAAGUGAGGAACUUGGAGGAAGUAGAGACAAAGGCUGCGGUUGGGACGGAUGAGUUAGAGACUUGGGUUUGGGCAAACAAAAGGUGAGAAAGAAAAGAAAGGAUCGGGCGAUGGCAGCGGGGCAGCCCCACGGGCUGGAGUUCCUGGGAGUCGCGCCGUGACACGCAUGGUUUCCUGGACCUGCGACUGCGCUGACUUCCGCGAGCUGGGAGCCGGACUCGGCAAGUUGGGGAGUGCUUCGGAACAAUGGAUAACUUCUUCUCCGAGGGAACACGGGUCUGGCUGAGAGAAAAUGGCCAACAUUUUCCAAGUACCGUAAAUUCCUGUGCAGAAGGCGUCAUCGUCUUCCGAACAGACUAUGGCCAGGUAUUCACUUACAAGCAGAGCACAAUUACCCACCAGAAGGUCACUGCCCUGCACCCCACAGAUGAGGAGGGCGUGGACAACAUGGCCUCCUUGACAGAGCUGCACGGGGGCUCCAUCAUGUACAACCUGUUCCAGCGAUAUAAGAGAAAUCAAAUCUAUACCUACAUCGGCUCCAUCAUCGCCUCGGUGAACCCGUACCAGCAGAUCGCAGGACUGUACGACCGCGCAGCCAUGGAGCGCUACAGCCGGCGCCACCUGGGCGAGCUGCCCCCGCACAUCUUCGCCGUCGCCAACGAGUGCUACCGCUGCCUGUGGAAGCGUCACGACAACCAGUGCGUCCUCAUCAGUGGUGAAAGUGGGGCGGGUAAAACUGAAAGCACGAAAUUGAUCCUCAAGUUUCUCUCAGUCAUCAGUCAACAGUCUUUGGAAUUGUCCUUAAAGGAGAAGACAUCCUGUGUUGAGCAGGCCAUUCUUGAAAGCAGUCCCAUAAUGGAAGCUUUUGGCAACGCGAAGACCGUGUACAACAACAACUCCAGUCGUUUUGGGAAGUUUGUGCAGCUGAACAUCUGUCAGAAGGGAAAUAUUCAGGGCGGGAGAAUUGUAGAUUAUUUAUUAGAAAAAAACCGAGUAGUAAGGCAAAAUCCCGGGGAAAGGAAUUAUCACAUAUUUUAUGCACUGCUGGCAGGGCUGAAGCAUGAAGAAAGAGAAGAAUUUUAUUUAUCUGUGCCAGAAAACUACCACUACUUGAAUCAGUCUGGAUGUAUAGAAGAUAAGACAAUCGGUGACCAGGAAUCCUUUAGGGAUGUUAUUACGGCAAUGGAAGUAAUGCAGUUCAGCAAGGAGGAAGUUCGGGAGGUUUUGAGGCUGUUGGCUGGGAUACUGCAUCUUGGGAACAUAGAAUUUAUCACUGCUGGAGGGGCACAGGUUUCCUUCAAAACAGCUUUGGGCAGGUCUGCAGAGUUACUUGGGCUGGACCCAACACAGCUCACAGAUGCACUGACCCAGAGAUCAAUGUUCCUCAGGGGAGAAGAGAUCCUCACGCCUCUCAGCGUCCAGCAGGCAGUAGACAGCAGAGACUCCCUGGCCAUGGCACUGUACGCACGCUGUUUUGAGUGGGUGAUCAAGAAGAUCAACAGCCGGAUCAAAGGCAAAGAUGAUUUCAAGUCUAUUGGCAUCCUUGACAUCUUUGGAUUUGAAAACUUUGAGGUUAAUCACUUUGAACAGUUCAAUAUAAACUAUGCAAAUGAAAAACUUCAGGAAUACUUCAACAAGCAUAUUUUUUCUUUAGAACAACUAGAAUAUAGCCGGGAAGGAUUAGUGUGGGAAGAUAUUGACUGGAUAGACAAUGGAGAAUGCCUAGACUUGAUUGAGAAGAAACUGGGCCUCCUGGCCCUCAUCAAUGAAGAAAGCCAUUUCCCUCAAGCCACAGACAGCACCUUAUUGGAGAAACUACACAGUCAACAUGCUAAUAACCACUUUUAUGUGAAGCCCAGAGUUGCAGUCAAUAAUUUUGGCGUGAAGCACUAUGCUGGAGAGGUGCAGUAUGAUGUCCGGGGUAUCUUGGAAAAGAACAGAGAUACAUUUCGAGAUGACCUGCUCAACUUGCUAAGAGAAAGCCGGUUCGACUUCAUCUACGACCUCUUUGAACAUGUUUCAAGCCGCAACAACCAGGAUACCUUGAAAUGUGGAAGCAAACAUCGAAGGCCCACGGUCAGUUCACAGUUCAAGGAUUCACUGCAUUCCUUAAUGGCAACACUAAGCUCCUCGAAUCCCUUCUUUGUUCGCUGUAUCAAGCCAAACAUGCAGAAGAUGCCGGACCAGUUUGACCAGGCGGUGGUGCUGAACCAGCUGCGGUACUCAGGGAUGCUGGAGACGGUGAGGAUCCGCAAGGCAGGGUAUGCGGUCCGGAGACCCUUCCAGGACUUUUACAAAAGGUAUAAAGUGCUGAUGAGGAGCCUGGCACUGCCCGAGGACGUCCGAGGGAAGUGCACGGCCCUGCUGCAGCUCUACGACGCCUCCAACAGCGAGUGGCAGCUGGGCAAGACCAAGGUCUUCCUGCGAGAGUCCUUGGAGCAGAAACUGGAGAAACAACGUGAGGAGGAGGUUACCCGGGCGGCCAUGGUGAUUCGGGCCCACGUCUUAGGCUACUUGGCACGAAAACAAUAUAGAAAGGUUCUUUGCUGUGUAGUGAUAAUACAAAAGAAUUAUAGAGCAUUUCUUCUGAGGAGGAGAUUUUUGCACCUGAAAAAAGCAGCCAUCGUUUUCCAGAAGCAACUCAGAGGUCAGAUUGCUCGGAGAGUUUACAGACAGCUGCUGGCAGAGAAACGGGAGCAAGAAGAAAAAAGGAAACGGGAGGAAGAAGAAAAGAAGAAACAGGAGGAAGAAGAAAGAGAAAGAGAGAGAUUACGAAGAGAAGCUGAGCUCCGUGCCCAGCAGGAGGAAGAAGGCAGGAAGCAGCGAGAACGCGAAGCCCUGCAGAAGAGUCGGAAGGAAGCCGAACGGACCCGCGAGCUGGAGAAGCAGAAGGAAAACAAGCAGGUGGAAGAAAUCCUCCGCCUGGAGAAGGAGAUCGAGGACUUGCAGCGCGUGAAGGAGCGGCAGGAGCUAUCGCUGACCGAGGCAUCGCUGCAGAAGCUGCAGCAGCUGCGGGACCAGGAGCUGCGGCGGCUGGAGGAGGACGCGUGCCGCGCCGCCCAGGAGUUCCUCGAGUCCCUCAACUUCGACGAGAUCGACCAGUGCGUCCGCAACCUGGAGCGCUCGCUGUCGGCGGGGGGCGAGUUCUCGGGGGAGCCGGCCGCGGGCACGGGCACGGGCACGGGCGAGGACAGGCCCAGCUUCAACUUCAGCCAGCCCUACCCGGAGGAGGAGGUGGACGAGGGCUUCGAAGCCGACGACGACGCCUUCAAGGACUCGCCCAACCCCAGCGAGCACGGCCACUCGGACCAGCGCACCAGCGGCAUCCGCACCAGCGACGACUCGUCCGAGGAGGACCCGUACAUGAAUGACACGGUGGUGGCCGCCAGCCCCAGCGCCGACAGUACGGCGCUCCCGGCCACCGCGGUGCAGGACUCCGCCAGCCUGCACGACUCCUCCAGCGGGGAGUCCGCCUACUGCCUGCCCCAGGGCGCCGGCGACCUGCCCUCCCCUGAUGGCGGCGACUACCACUACGACCAGGACGAUUACGAGGACGGCGCCAUCACCUCCAGCAGCAGCGUCACCUUCUCCAACUCGUACGGUAGCCAGUGGUCCCCAGACUACCGCUGCUCCGUGGGGACCUACAACAGCUCGGGUGCCUACCGGUUCAGCUCCGAGGGCGCACAGUCCUCCUUUGAAGACAGUGAAGAGGACUUUGAUUCGAGGUUCGAUACGGACGAUGAGCUUUCUUACCGGCGCGACUCUGUGUACAGCUGUGUCACGCUGCCGUACUUCCACAGCUUUCUGUUCAUGAAAGGUGGCCUCAUGAACUCUUGGAAGCGCCGCUGGUGCGUUCUCAAGGAUGAAACCUUCUUGUGGUUCCGCUCCAAGCAAGAGGCCCUCAAGCAAGGAUGGCUGCACAAGAAAGGCGGAGGCUCCUCCACACUGUCCAGGAGAAACUGGAAGAGGCGCUGGUUUGUCCUCCGCCAGUCCAAGCUGAUGUACUUUGAAAACGACAGCGAGGAGAAGCUCAAGGGCACCUUAGAAGUGCGGACGGCCAAAGAGAUUGUCGACAACACCAGCAAGGAGAAUGGGAUUGACAUCAUCAUGGCUGAUAGGACCUUCCACCUGAUCGCGGAGUCUCCGGAAGACGCCAGCCAGUGGUUCAGCGUGCUGAGCCAGGUCCAUGCCUCCACGGACCAGGAGAUCCGGGAGAUGCACCAUGAGCAGGCAAACCCCCAGAACGCCGUGGGUACUUUGGAUGUGGGGCUAAUUGAUUCCGUGUGUGCGUCCGACAGCCCGGAUAGACCCAAUUCGUUCGUGAUCAUCACGGCCAACCGGGUGCUGCACUGCAACGCCGACACUCCAGAGGAGAUGCACCAUUGGAUCACACUGCUGCAGAGGUCCAAGGGGGACACCAGGGUGGAAGGCCAGGAGUUCAUAGUGAGAGGAUGGUUGCACAAAGAAGUGAAGAACAGCCCGAAGAUGUCUUCACUGAAGCUGAAGAAACGGUGGUUUGUACUGACACACAAUUCCCUGGAUUACUACAAGAGCUCAGAGAAGAACGCCGUGAAACUGGGCACCCUGGUCCUCAACAGCCUCUGCUCGGUUGUCCCCCCAGACGAGAAGAUAUUUAAGGAGACAGGUUACUGGAAUGUCACCGUGUACGGGCGCAAACACUGCUACCGGCUCUACACCAAGCUGCUCAACGAGGCCACCAGGUGGUCCAGUGCCAUUCAAAACGUGACCGACACCAAGGCCCCGAUUGACACCCCCACCCAGCAGCUGAUUCAAGACAUCAAGGAGAACUGCCUGAACGCGGACGUGGUGGAGCAGAUUUAUAAACGGAACCCAAUCCUCCGAUACACCCAUCACCCCCUGCAUUCCCCACUCCUGCCCCUGCCGUACGGGGACAUCAAUCUCAACUUACUCAAAGACAAAGGCUACACAACCCUGCAGGAUGAAGCCAUCAAGAUAUUCAAUUCCCUCCAGCAACUGGAGUCCAUGUCCGACCCUAUUCCAAUAAUCCAGGGCAUCUUGCAGACAGGGCAUGACCUCCGGCCUCUGCGAGAUGAGCUUUACUGCCAGCUCAUCAAACAGACCAACAAAGUGCCCCACCCCGGCAGCGCGGGCAACCUGUACAGCUGGCAGAUCCUGACAUGCCUGAGCUGUACCUUCCUGCCAAGCCGGGGCAUUCUCAAGUAUCUCAAAUUUCAUCUGAAAAGGAUACGGGAACAGUUUCCAGGAACCGAAAUGGAAAAAUAUGCCCUCUUCAUCUAUGAAGCUCUUAAGAAAACCAAAUGCAGAGAGUUUGUGCCUUCCCGAGAUGAAAUAGAAGCUCUGAUCCACAGGCAGGAAAUGACGUCCACGGUGUAUUGCCACGGCGGCGGGUCCUGCAAGAUCACCAUCAACUCCCACACCACAGCCGGGGAGGUGGUGGAGAAGCUGAUCAGAGGCCUUGCCAUGGAGGACAGUAGGAACAUGUUUGCCUUGUUUGAGUACAAUGGACACGUCGACAAAGCCAUUGAAAGCCGAACCAUCGUAGCUGAUGUUUUAGCAAAGUUUGAAAAGCUGGCGGCCACAUCAGAGGCAGGGGAUCUGCCGUGGAAAUUCUACUUCAAACUUUACUGCUUCCUGGACACAGACAACGUGCCAAAAGACAGCGUAGAAUUCGCUUUCAUGUUUGAACAGGCCCACGAAGCGGUUAUCCACGGCCACCAUCCAGCCCCCGAAGAAAACCUACAGGUUCUCGCUGCCCUGCGGCUCCAGUACCUCCAGGGGGAUCACACCCUGCACGCCCCCGUCCCACCUCUGGAAGAAGUCUAUUCUCUACAGAGACUCAGGGCCCGCAUCAGCCAGUCCACCAGAAGCUUCACCCCGUGCGAGCGGCUGGAGAAGAGGCGGACAAGCUUCCUGGAGGGGACGCUGAGACGGAGCUUCCGGACAGGGUCGGCGGUACGACAGAAAGCUGAGGAGGAGCAGAUGUUGGACAUGUGGAUUAAAGAAGAAGUCUGCUCAGCUCGAGCCAGUAUCAUUGACAAGUGGAAGAAAUUUCAGGGAAUGAACCAGGAACAGGCCAUGGUCAAGUACAUGGCCUUGAUCAAGGAGUGGCCUGGUUAUGGGUCAACACUCUUUGAUGUGGAGUGUAAGGAAGGUGGCUUCCCCCAGGAACUCUGGCUGGGUGUCAGCGCGGACGCUGUCUCUGUCUACAAGCGUGGGGAGGGCCGGCCGUUAGAAGUCUUCCAGUAUGAACACAUCCUGUCUUUUGGGGCUCCCCUGGCCAACACAUACAGGAUAAUGGUUGACGAGAGGGAACUGCUCUUUGAAACCAGUGAGGUGGUGGACGUGGCCAAGCUCAUGAAAGCGUACAUCAGCAUGAUUGUGAAGAAGCGUUACAGCACCACACGUUCCAUCAGCAGCCAGGGCAGCUCCAGGUGAAGGCAGGAGCCAGCACCCUUAUUCGCUUUCUGAAUGCGCUGCCCUCUGGCCUCCACUGGCUCUGGCUGUUUGAGCCCAGCCAAGAGCAUAGCUGCCCGGGCUCUCUAGAAGCCCCUGGUUGGAGAGAGGUGUCUCCAAGGGUCCUUUCGCCUUGCCAAUGUCAAUGAUCCUGUAUUAAGCUGUCAACAUUAACAGUCUGCAGAAUUUCCAAAGCUUUCCUACUCUUAGAUGACACAUGCCUUAAAAAAGAAGGGGAAAAACCACGCUGCCGCCAAAGCAGCCAGAAGUGCCUUAUCUGUGGAGCCUGUACUAAUCCACCUGGACUGUGCUACUAAAGGGAGCUGCUUCCCCGCCUGCCUGCGGGGACACGUACAGAGCUUGCAAGGGGGGUGUUAUUCAUCUAUUAUGCACUAACCACCCAGCCUGAUUUCCCCACAUUUGCGGGAAGGUGAGGGGGUGGGGAGGGAAGCUCGAGAGCGCGAGGGGACCGUGUGUUGGAGUCGGGGAGCUGCUGGCAGCCUUCCUCCUGGACAUGUAUCAACAUUUUUCUUUGUUUCAUCUUUUAAGUGUACGUGCUUGCCUGUGCACGCAUGUGUUCAUAAACUCAACACUUUAAUCAUGGUUUCAUGAGCAUUAAAAAGCAAAGGGAAAAGGAUGUGCAAUGGUGUAAACAGUCUGUCUGUAUAUUUUAAUAGUGCAGAGUUACAGUCUCAGUUGUUACUUUCUAAGGUGGUUUUUGUUAACAACCCAGAAUCUUGGAUUUUCCUGUCUUUGCUGUAUUUCGAAAAACACAUUUGACUCAGUUUUGUUUUACAUGUAGCAAAGUCUGCGAUCUGUGUCUGCUGUAUUAUAAACAGAUAUGCGGCCUGCAAGGUGACGUAUUUAUAAACCACUCUUUGACAGCUGGCUCCAGGACUGCUUUUAGAACAAUAAUGAAGUCAUUUUGGAGUCUUUCAUGUCUAAAAGAUUUAAGUUAAAAAAAAUUUUUUCUUUUAAGGUUAACUUGUAUCACCCUGGAUAGAUUACACAUAUCACCCUAUUGACUGUGGGAGAAAGAUGCUGCGCUCCUGAAAGAUAUGACAUGGGAGCAAAUCUUUAAAGGACUCUGACAUAACAUGCUGAGGCUUUAAUAAAAUGCACACAUAUUUUAUCCCAGGUUUAUAAAUGGUGGUCUGAAUAAGACAUCUGUAAAUAAAUCAGCAUUUAUGAUCAGAAGAAAAAUAAGCUGUUCUUGGACAUUUAUUUUUAUAUGGAAAAGUUGUAAAGACUUGGACCAACUAAGUCUACCCACAGAGAAAAAAGAAAUCUGCCUUAUCCCUUAUGCACAACCAUGGGAAGUUGUUGCCUCACAGAAAGUCUGACAAUAAAAGAUCUUAGCUAA